AAAAAAGGAGACCAGCCUAAAAAACCAAGUUGUGGGGAUAAGCCGUAAGGCCUUCUUUUGAGAGAAAUGUGUGACGCUGGCUUCAAGAAAAGUUAAUUUUGAGGAGGAGGCAUGGGAAUGGAUGACGUUGAGAAUGGAUAAGUGAAGUUUUUUGUCAUCUUCUUCGGUGUCAGGGCCAGUGACGCAGAAAAGGAAACGAGAUGUAGCUAUCGUUCCUUUAGUUGCUUGCUUGGUGCACAAGCUUCUGGCUUUUGCAUCUCAUGAUGGAUCAAGCUGCUCUACCUCCCACGCCUUGAGAUGCUGCACUUGUAAAUUUGGUUUCCGUGCUCGCAGUGUGCAAUCGAGAGAGAGGGAGAGAUAGAGAGGCAGGGGAGCAGCAAUGGAGAUCGAAGAGGAGGUUGUGAUCGUAGGGGCAGGCAUCGCGGGGCUGGCGACGGCGAUAGCGCUGAGGAAGGUCGGGCUCUCAUGCCUGGUGCUUGAGCGCUCGACUGAGCUGCGAACUGCGGGAGCGGCACUUGCCCUCUUCCCCAACGCCUGGCGAGCCCUUCGCGAACUUGGCGUCGCCGACAAACUCACUCCCCACUACCCUGCUGUUGAGAAGGCUUCUGUCACCUCUGUUUCAUCUGGACAAACACGACAACUUUCUUUAGCCCGAAUAAAGUCUAGUGAUGGACUGGGUAUAAGAUUGGUUCACAGGAAAGCAUUGCUCAAGGCACUUGCAGAAGAACUUCCACCAGCAGUAAUUCGGUUCAGCUCGAAGCCUACCUCCAUUGGAACGUCACCAGAUUCAUCUCUUGCCAUCCUACACUUAGAAGACGGAACAAUUGUAAAAGCUAGAGUACUGAUAGGAUGCGAUGGUGUUCGAUCCAUGGUGGCUCCGUGGCUGGGCCUCCUUCAACCAGUUCAUUCUGGUCGAUCGGCAGUACGGAGCAUUGGAGUUUUUCCAGAUGGCCAUGGCUUUGAACAUGAGCUCCAGCAGGUGCUUGGACAAGGCAUACGUGCCGGUUUCCUUCCUCUUAGUGACAAGGAAAUCUUUUGGUUUCUGACCUUUAAAACACCAAAGGAAGAUUUGGAUAUUGGAAAAUACCCAGAACUGGUACAGGAAUACGUAUUGCAGAAGCUAGUAAAAGAUUUUCCAGAAAAGUAUAAAGAAGUGGUCAGGAAAUCUGAUUUGGCAUCAACAACACUAGCUCCAUUGAUGUUUAGGUGGCCAUGGAACCUGUUCUCUGGUCAAGUUUCAAAAGGGAAUGUUACAGUUGCAGGGGAUGCUAUGCACCCAAUGACACCGGACAUUGCCCAAGGUGGAUGUUCUGCAUUAGAAGAUGCCGUAGUCCUUGCUAGGAACCUUGGUGAAGCUCUACAGAAGGAUGGGAAGAUCGAGUUUGACAAGAAUGCGAUUGAAGAAGGCCUGAAGAAGUAUGUCAAGGAGAGGAGGCUGAGAACUGCUGGUCUCAUUACUGGUGCUUUCCUCUCUGGUUGGAUUCAGGGGAACCCAGUCUGGUUGGUGAGGAUGAUAAGGGACAAUAUAUUCUAUCCGUAUUUGUUCCCUAAAAUCCUCAAUGCUAUUGAUUACGAUUGUGGAAAACUGCCUGCAAUUAGCUCCCGCAAUUGAAGGUUCAAAUUGGAAAGGACUGUUUGGCCAAAAGUUUGUAGCAUAUGCACUUCAUCCUGUUUUACGUACGUCCUGAUGUGUGUAUAUACUUUUUAUAGCUACAUUAAAUUGUAGGUGAUCGUUUCAGUUUUUUUUCUUUUCUUUUCUUUUCCUUAGCUCAAUGAACAUGGAUCCCCUGUGGAUCUGAUCAACAGGGAUCAUUAAGUAAGUUUCCUAUAUGAUUUAUCCUAAAUGGAUGAGUAUUUAUGCGGAAUAGAUCUUGCAAAUAAAAUGAAAUCUUUCUUUCA